GGUGAAGAAGAAAGUUCCAUCAGCUUCUACAGAAAGUCGCCAUCUUUGAGGAUUGGAAGUCGCAGACGUUUUUCCAGAUUCUUCGCUCGUAAUCCUUAUCCAACUGAUAUUGACUUUCAUUCGAAUCUCACAGCUAUAAAAAAGAUGCGUCACUCAAAGCGAUUGCGCUCACCAGGCGUCUGGCUAGACGAGUGUGGCUGGGAAGAAAGAAUGGAUUGUCGCAAACGCAGAAAACGAGAUUCACCUAGCAGUGACAGAGAGAAUAGAUCCAGGAGAUCUCCUCGUUUCAACAAGACAUAUGACGGGCAUUACUUGGAGGCCCGCAGUCUAAACCAGAGGCUGGAUUCUCAGGAGAAAUAUACCUGUGAACACAGUCUGGAUGUGGCCUGCAACGAUGACAGUUAUGAUGACACCUACAAGGACAGAGAUCUUGACUGGCACCACUACAGCAAGUCUUCUGGGCGUAGUGGUCGCAGCAGGCGAAGCAGUCGCAGGCACAGAGACAGAAGGCACAGACGCAGCCAUUCUCGACAUGGGUCCUCCUCGAGGAGGAGCCACCAGCGCAGGAGCAGGAAAAGAUCCAGGAGUGUUGAGGAUGAUGACGAGGGUCACCUCAUCUAUCACAAUGGAGACAUGCUGAAAGCGAGAUAUGAGAUUCUGUGUACUCUAGGAGAGGGUGCCUUUGGAAAAGUUGUUGAGUGCAUUGAUCAUGACAAUCAUGGGGCUCGAGUGGCUCUGAAGAUCAUUAAAAAUAUAGACCGCUACAGAGAGGCAGCUAUGUCUGAAGUAGAGGUUCUUAAACGCCUGAAAACCCUCGAUGCUGACCGAAGAUAUUCCUGUGUCCAUAUGCUGGACUGGUUUGACUACCACGGUCACGUUUGUAUCGCUUUUGAGCUGCUUGGCCUCAGCACAUAUGAUUUCUUGAAGGAGAACAACUUCCAGCCUUUUCCUGUUAAACAAAUCAGGCAUAUGGCUUACCAGAUCAUUCGAGCUGUGAAAUUUUUGCAUAAGAACAAACUGACUCACACAGAUCUGAAGCCUGAAAACAUUCUACUGAUAGAUUCAGACUAUGACAUGGAAUACAACCGUGAAAAGAGACGAGAUGAACGAACACUCAAGAACCCUGAUGUGAAAAUUGUAGACUUUGGGAAUGCCACCUAUGAUCAUGAGCACCACACGUCUGUAGUUUCAACUCGUCACUAUCGUGCUCCGGAAGUUAUUUUAGACCUGGGCUGGGACCAUUCCUGUGAUGUCUGGAGUAUUGGCUGUAUUCUCAUCGAGUAUUAUCUUGGAACAACCCUCUUCCAGACACAUGACAGUAAAGAGCAUCUUGCCAUGAUGGAGAGAGUCCUGGGUCCGAUCCCUACAAACCUCCUGGAGAAAACCAAGAAACGACGAUAUGUUCACCGAAACAAGUUGGACUGGGACAUUCACAGCUCUGCCGGGAGAUACGUCAAGAAACACUGCAAACCCCUCAAGCAUUACAUCGUAUCUAGAAGUGAAGACCACCGGCUGCUCUUUGACCUGAUAGAGAAGAUGAUGGAAUAUGACCCAUCGAAGCGCCUCAGCCUGGAGCAGGCACUUCGACAUCCCUUCUUCGACUGCUACUACAAGAGCAGCAGUAGCCGGAAGAGUGGCAGCCGAGGCAGCAGCACCAGGAGCUCCAGCAGCAGCAGUGGUGGUAGCAAAUGAGGCUGAACCUCUCAAUAUGUAGACCUACCUGUUACCGUGACAUGUACGGUGUUUCAAUCAGCCUUUAUAUCCUGACUCUCCAGGAGAGAUUUACUCUUGACUGCAUCAGUCACUGCCCUGCUUUGCUGUCUUGUCCAUUAAACUGCUGUUUGGUCUUACUCAUUAAGUUCUUAUUACUUUUGCCAUUUAGAUGUCAAUUUCAGCCAUUUGUUUUCUGUUUAUUUAAAUUGUAAUGAUUACAUUUAUACCAGUGGAACCACUUUAAAUUAUGGGAUUUUUAGUUUGUAUAUUUAAUUGACAUGGGUAAAAGACUAAUUCUUGCUUAACAGUGCUUUAUUUGGAUUGUGGAUGUAUAAACUGCAUUACAGGGUAAAAACUUGUACAUAGUCUUUGUUUCCAUUUUUCAUUGACUGGUUAUGUAUUUUUUGCAUUAUACGUCUCAAUAAACGUGACCAGAAAGAACUAAA